GAGAAGGUCGCAAGUGCUUCCGGGGCGGCCAUCAUGGCGGCGCUGUGUCGGCAGGUGUGUGGCCGGCGCGGGUGGCCCUCCGUCGCCUGGGUCGGAGCCGCCCGGCGGGCGCCGCCGCCUCUUCCUCCCGGGCGGCCCCGGGCCCUGACCGCCGCCGGUGGCGCCGCGGAGCCUACGAGGCCGGCGCGGGGCCCGGAGGACGUUGGCCGGGGCGUCCGGGAGAGGCCGGGGGCGGCGGCGGCGGAGGAGGAGGCGGAGGAGGCGGAGGCCCGCCGCUCCCUGGCCGGCAUGGGCUUCACGGAGGCCCUGGCCGGCGACCUGCUCCGGAUCCGGCCGGGCACCUCCCCCGGGCAGCGGCUGGCCGUGGUCGCCGAGCUGCUGCUGCUGGGCGUGCGCCCCGAGCCCGUGUGCCGGGCCCUGGGCCGGAGCCCGCGGCUGCUGACGCUGCCCGUCCCGCAGCUCCAGAGACGCGCCGGCUACCUGCGCAAGCUGGGACUCGAAGAAGGGAAGCUGCGGCGGGUGCUGCAGUGCUGCCCCGACGUGUUCUGCGAGCCGCAGCGGACCCUGGAGCGCGUGGUGUCGGUGCUGAGGGAGCGCUGCCUCUUCUCGGCGCAGCAGGUGACCCAGGUGUUGCACAGAUGCCCCCACGUCCUCCGGGAGGACCCCCAGGAGCUGGAGUACAAGUUUCAGUACGCCUACUUUAGGAUGGGCAUCAAGCACGCGGACGUGGUGAAGACCGACUUCCUGCAGUACCCCAUCACCAAGACCCGGCAGAGGCACGUGUUCCUGGAGCGCCUGGGCCGGUACCAGACCCCCGACAAGAAGGGACAGACGCAGGUCCCCAACCCCCUGCUCAAGGACAUCCUCCGAGUCUCAGAGGCCGAGUUCCUGGCCAGCACUGCCCGCUCCUCUGCUGAGGAGUUUGACGUCUUCAAGAAGCUCUUGGCUCGAGAGGAGGAAGAGGAGCUUGCGAGCCUUGGGUGUGAAGACGGAGGUGCAUGUCCGAGUGAAGAGGAGGAGGAGGAGGAGGAGGAGGAGGAGGAAGAGGGAGAGGAGGAGGAGCUCUGACCAGAGGCGGCCUGGGCGGAUUCUGUACCUUCAUCGUCCCGGCUGGUUCCGCCCGACACUGGUCUGAUGAGAACUCAAGAAGUGGCCUGUGUCGCCGCUGCAGGAGGCUCUCUGCUGUCCCGAGUGAAAGACUCGGCAGUGACAGGAAGGCUGCAAACAGGCCAUCUGUGUUUGAAGCUUCCAGGGCCCAGGUUUGGUCCCCAGCACCAGAGACGUGCUGUGCUCUAGUGGGAAAAAUGUCAAGUGAAAUCAACGGCCCUUGAGCUGUCCAGUCAGGAGGGCGGUGGUGUGAUGAUUGGCCCUGUCUUCUGUGCACAAAGAACUUGGAAAGAAAGACAGUCCAGGAGAUGCAGGGGCUUGGACACCAGCACUUUAUUUUACGGAAACAAGUAGCAGGUUUUCCACAAUAAAAGCUGGGACAAAAGCAACAAAAAAACUUACAUUGUGAUCCCAUGGCUAUCUUGCUGCUGGGGUGUCACUUCUGCUGAGGGGGUGGCGGCUGGUCUCCACACCCAGACUGUGCCCACGUCCAGGCAGCUGGGAGCACUGCCAGCCAGGGCCAGAGCAGGGGGCCUCAGCACCUCGUCCUGCUCGCUGUCCAGCUGCCCCACUGGCCAGCCUGCAGCCAGCCCCACGGUCACUUUGGGGAACUCUCCAUGAGUGCCAGGCCGGGGGGUGUCCCCGCAGGGGCCCCUGCCAGCGUAAGUGGGUUGAAGUGUGAAGUCUGAAUGAAUGUGCGGGAGAGGCCAGCUCUCAGAGUGUGGACUUCGGGGUGGGUUUGCAGUGAAGUCACCCACCCUCAGCCACAGGGGAGCCCUGUAAGGGACCUGCUGGGCACAGCUGCGCCUGUGGGGGCUGGGCUAGCGCCAGCAGUGCCAGGAUCCAGCAGGGCAUGUCCACCCGGGACAUAGUGACAGUUGCAGGUUGGUGCAGGCUGGCACAGGCCGCAUUUCUGUUACCAACUGGGAGCACCCAGUUCCGAGGGUUUCUUUCUCCUGUGCACUGUGUGGUGGGGGCUCAUCUGAGCGCAGCCACUGUCCCCUCCAGUGCCACUCAAGCUGACCGCUAGGACAAAGGACACCUUUUGCAAAAAGGAGGUUGCCUGGGGUCUCCUCUGAAGUCCAGGGCGGUUGCAGGGACACUGAGGGGAGGGCGGCGGCUGUGGCGUGGGCUCCCUCACCUGCACCGAGGGCCCGUGUGCCUGGGUCUGAAGCGGUGCCACUCUCUGUCCCUCCCGUGCCGUUUAUUCUUCCUGCUGCCCCGCCCGCAGGGGCCUCCGGACCCUCGUCUCCACCUGCUGGAUGCGGCCAACUCCCGAGUGGGUGAGCCGUGGGGGCAGCUCGUCCUGAUGGCGCAGCUCAGGCAGGCACGUCUCUGCCCUGGCCGUCCCCUCACCCACUGCUCACUCUGGGGAGACACCCAGUCGGUCCUCCCCAGGAAGUUUAAAGAAGCCAGUGCCAAGCAGCGGGGCAGCUGUUCUGGAAUAUUCCAGGAGUCACUGAUUCCUGCAGCAGACUGUUCCGUGACUCAGAACAGCAAGGUGAUUGGGUCUGAGCUGGGCUGGUAGAGUCCUCGGUGGGGACGGGCUGGCAGCACGGUGGCCUGGGACCUCGGGGUCUCUGACGCCCCCUCCUCCAGCCGUCUCUCCUGGUCUUGCUGAGCCAAUCCCGCAGUGUGGGCAGGGGGGCCCGUGGUGGGCACCCCGUGGAGCCUCCCUGUGCUCGGGGGCCAGGGAGAGACAUCUUGCGGAAGCGUCUUGAAGUGACUUGCACCUUCUGAAAGUGACAGACUGGGGGACACAGACUUGUGCACGUGAAGCUUUAAUAAAAACAGGAAGCCCAG